AGUGCUCGUAUACAGACGGUGGUUUGCAUUCCUCUACUAGACGGCGUCGUCGAACUAGGCACCACAGAGAGGGUUCCAGAAGACAAUGCCUUGGUCCAACAUGUCAAAACCUUCUUCGUUGACCACAACCACCCUCCUCCCCCAAAACCCGCCCUCUCCGAGCACUCAACCUCCAACCCCGCUACGUCAUCCGACCACCCACAUUUCCACUCUCCUCACCUCCCCGCCAUGUGCACCGACCCUCCUCUCGACGCCGCCCAAGAAGACGAAGAAGAGGACGAGGAAGAGGAGGAUCAAGAGGAGGACGAGGAGGCAGAGUCAGACUCCGAAGCCGAAACGGGCCGCAACGGUCAGCCCGUUGCUCCAGGUCCAAACCCUCCAGCGGUUUCGGCCCCCGCAGCAGAGCCGAGCGAGCUCAUGCAGCUAGAGAUGUCCGAGGACAUCCGGCUAGGCUCUCCGGACGACGCGUCCAACAAUUUAGACUCGGAUUUCCACUUACUAGCAGUGAGCCAGUCUAGGGUUAACCCAGCCGAUCAGCAGCGCCAAGCUGACUCGUAUCGAGCUGAGUCGACUCGCCGGUGGCCGCCCGUACAAGAGCCACUCAGCAGCGGGCUCCAACCGCCACCCCAAGGACCAGUAGCAUUGGAGGAAUUGACACAUGAUGACACCCACUAUUCUGAAACAGUCUCCACCAUACUUCAAAGGCAGGCGACUAGGUGGACGGAUUCCUCGUUCACCGAUCACGUCGCCUACUCCACCCAAUCAGCAUUCGCCAAGUGGACGACUCGCGUCGAACACCACAUGCUCGUGCCAGUUGAGGGCACGUCCCAAUGGCUCCUUAAAUACAUCUUGUUCAGCGUUCCGUUCCUCCACACAAAAUACCGCGACGAGAACUCGCCAAAAUCUCACGAGGGCGAUGCCUCCACUCGGUUGAGGAAGGGGACCCCACAAGAUGAGCUCAGCGCCAAUCAUGUCCUGGCGGAACGGCGUCGUCGCGAGAAGCUUAAUGAGAGGUUCAUUAUCCUAAGGUCGCUAGUUCCCUUCGUGACCAAAAUGGACAAGGCUUCGAUAUUAGGGGACACCAUCGAGUACGUGAAGCAAUUGCGUAAGAAGAUUCAGGACCUUGAGGCACGUAAUGUGCAGAUGGAGGAUGAUCAACGAUCAAGAUCAUCCGGGGAAAUACACAGGUCAAGUAGUAUGAAAGAGUUGCGGAGCGGGCUCACGGUAGUGGAGCGGACCCGGGUUGGUCCACCAGGAUCGGAUAAAAGGAAGUUGAGGAUUGUGGAGGGAAGUGGUGGUGCGGCCGUUGCCAAGCCUAAAACGAUGGAGGAGUCACCACCUCCACCACCGCCACCACCACCACCACAACCAUCACCGACACCUAUGGUGAUGGGUACCUCUCUAGAGGUGUCGAUAAUCGAGAGUGACGGGUUGUUGGAGCUCCAAUGCCCGUAUAGAGAAGGGUUGUUGCUUGAUAUCAUGCAAACUCUAAGAGAGCUAAGAAUUGAGACCACAGUUGUCCAGUCCUCAUUGAAUAAUGGGUUCUUCGUAGCUGAGCUGAGGGCCAAGGUGAAGGAGAAUGUGAAUGGCAAGAAAAUAAGCAUUACGGAAGUGAAGAGGGUAAUAAAUCAAAUAAUUCCCCAAUCUGAUUCCUAGUAUCUUUUUAGUGCGUACGUAAUUAAGGAAUUUUGAGGGGAAAAUCAAGUAGCUCUAGCAGCAUCAGUACUGUACAAUAUUUAGAACACUUUUUUUUUUCUUCUUCUAAUGGGUGUUUAUUAUUUAUUCCCUUGUGUAAUCUAACAAAUGUAAUAUUUCUGUGACAUUCAACAUAAUCUUAAACAAGAACUCCAAAACCAGUUUAGUUUUGA